AUGGCGGCUGCUGCCCCCCCUCCUCCGGCCUCCGGCUCCACGGCGGCCGCUGAGAACCCCGCUCCCGGGGCCAGCAGCUCGGCUGCGGCUGACGGUGGCACCCAGGACAGCACGUUCGAGUGCAACAUAUGCCUGGACACCGCUAAGGAUGCCGUGAUUAGCUUAUGUGGUCACCUCUUCUGUUGGCCUUGUUUGCAUCAGUGGUUGGAGACCCGACCCAACAGACAAGUGUGUCCAGUCUGCAAGGCUGGUAUCAGCCGAGACAAAGUAAUCCCCCUGUAUGGGAGGGGGAGCACCGGCCAGCAGGAUCCCAGAGAGAGAACACCCCCUCGACCUCAAGGACAAAGACCUGAACCAGAAAACCGUGGUAGGGAGCCAUUACACCGCAGCCACAUGGAGGCUUUUCCUCUCAGGGGGACGAGCAGCGCUGUGUCGUCAUGCCCAGUAAACACAGGCUGUCCUGUCUCGCAGGGUUUUCAGGGAUUCGGCUUUGGAGAUGGCGGUUUCCAGAUGUCGUUUGGGAUCGGCGCCUUUCCGUUCGGUAUUUUCGCCACGGCCUUCAACAUCAACGACGGGCGACCCCCUCCAGGUAGACGCGGCGCUCACUGUGAGUACUCGCCAUCUGUAAGCCACCAAAUGACCUCCGUUCAAUCUCUUGUCUUCGUAGCGGCCCCUGGAACCCCGCAGCACACGGACGAGCAGUUUUUGUCCCGGCUCUUCCUGUUUGUGGCUCUGGUGAUUAUGUUUUGGUUACUAAUUGCAUGA